GGAAGCGAGCAAAGCAGGGCCCGUCCGACUCAAUCUGAUCGCUUGCCAGGAGAUACUGACGAUCCAGAGCGACGCUCCUUCUGGGCGUUCGCCAUCGAAAGAUGCAGAGCGGAUCGUUCGAAGGCAAGCGGGGCGAGUCUCUGGAGCGAUUGAAGCCAAGUCGGCCUUACACACAACAGAGCGACACCGUGCCCACUUCCGGUCCUAUCGAACCUAGCUCGACCCCUGCACCCGCUUCUUCUGCUGAUUCGACCAGACAGUUGAGGUUCGAUCCAGCUUGUUAUGCUGCUCAAGUUCAAGGAGAGGAUGACGAGACGAUGUCGAGCGCGAGACAACGUUCGGCUAGUCAGCCUGCUGCCUCUUCCUCUCGUGCUCCCGUGCCUCCCACUAGGCUCGUCAAUGGUACCUCAACGCCUUUGCCGAUGGGCAAUGGCGUGACGAGUCCUUGUUUCGUACACAAUCACCUCGAUCAGAGUCUGGCAACGCUCUCCAAAGCCGAAUGUGAAGAGCGCAAGCGGCGAAGAAAGCUCCUCAAGCGUGCACAAUCGUCCCAAGGCUCGCUGGGAUCUGCUAGUGUAGAUCGAGGAGGUCCUACAGAUGCAGCAGUCACCACAAGUCAUGUGGACACCUCAGGACGACAGAUUCACCCUGCUGCCCUGGCUACUCGUAUCGGCUCCCCCGAGACGUCACCCAUCGCACUCGAUCCUGAUGCACCACGAGUCAUAUCGGAUGGUCAGGUCAACGGUCGACCGAGAGCAUCCAGCAGGAUACGCGAUGCCAGAGAGACCAUUGAGACUAUCAACCAUCGACUCGAUAAAGCCGAUCUCAUCGACACCGGUUCAUCCGAACAAGAUGCGCAAGAUGAUGAUGAUGACGACGACGAUGAAGAGGAGGAAGACGGACAGUCGCUCACUCGUCAGUUGGCAGAAACGGCAGUCAGCGUGAGGGAGAUCAGCAGACAGCUCGGCCGCGCCUCUGUCAAACCCAACAUCCAAUCCAUCAUGAUCAUCACGAAAGCAAGAGACAAUCAUCUCAUCAAACUCACCAGAGAGCUGGCUAUCUAUCUCAUGGGUUCCACUAAAGAAGGCGACGAAAGAGGCGCAACAGUCUACGUCGAUGCCCAGUUACGCAAAUCGAGUCGAUUUGAUGCUGCUGGCAUCGAGGCAGAUCAUCCCGAAUUCUUCAGGGCGGUGCAGACUAGGAGGAUAUCGAGGACAUCCUCGAUGAGCUCUUCCGUUUCGUCCUUGCCUACACUGGCUGGCUUCAAUGAGAAGCAGCACGCCAGACGAUCAUCCGCUGCCAACGGUCUACGGAUGACGAGCAGCAAGUCAGCCGCUGCCAAAACAGACACGACAGAAGCAGAAAACAAUGGCCAAUUGAGAUACUGGACGAGCGACAUGUGCAAUAAAUCGCCCCAUCUCUUUGAUUUUGUCAUUACUCUCGGAGGAGACGGAACAGUACUGUUUGCCUCGUGGCUCUUCCAACGCAUUGUCCCGCCUGUGAUUCCUUUUGCGCUUGGCUCGCUGGGUUUCUUGACCAAUUUCGACUUUUCAGACCACGAGAAGGUCAUGACCAAUGCAAUCAACAACGGCGUCAGGGUCAAUCUUCGCAUGCGAUUCACAUGCACCGUCUACCGAGCAGUCGAUCCGCCCAAAGAUCCCAAACAACGUCGUCGAGCUAUACGAUCAGGCGAGACAGGCGCUAUUUCUGCUACCCUAUCUAAGGAAGGAGGAUGGUCGGCUCUGGAGAGUGCAGGACCUCGACAAGACAAGGAAGAAAGCGAAAAGGCAAAGGAUAGGGAGAUCAUGUGCUUCUCGGCCAGACCUGCAGAGACCUUCGAAGUUCUCAACGAUCUCGUCGUCGAUCGUGGACCGAGUCCUUACGUCAGCUUGCUUGAACUGUUUGGCGAUGAGCAUCAUAUGACGACUGUGCAGGCGGAUGGCUUGUGUGUCUCCACCCCCACCGGCUCUACAGCUUAUUCGCUUUCUGCGGGAGGCUCACUCGUCCAUCCUGAGAUCCCAGCGAUCCUGAUUUCGCCCAUCUGUCCUCACACGCUCUCCUUCCGACCUAUGCUGCUACCCGACUCGAUGGAACUACGGAUCUGCGUGCCUUACAAUUCUCGCAGCACUGCUUGGGCGUCUUUCGAUGGUCGGGGGAGGGUCGAAUUGAGACAAGGCGAUCAUAUCAAAGUGACGGCAUCGCAGUAUCCCUUUCCGACCGUUUGUGCGGACAAGCAAUCGACAGACUGGUUCCAUGCUAUCGGUCGCACGCUCAAGUGGAACGAACGACAGCGUCAAAAGAGCUUUGUCGUUGUUGAGGAAUCCAGACGGAAGCCGACAACGCCCGCAGAGAGCAAACAGACUGCCGAACAGGGAUCACAAUAUGCUGAAAAGUCAGAUACACAGAAGCCGAAGAAUGGCGAUGAAUCCGAAGACGAAGAGGGAGGCGGGAGCGAUUACGAUAUCGAUGAUAUUUCGUCCUCUUCGAGCAGUGCCAAGACGUCUCCGGCUCCUAUCACGCCAGGCGCCCACUCAGCAGACACCGUCAAAUCUACUUCACAGUCUGGCCGACGAGGCGACAGGGACGACAUCCGCGAUCCGGUCGAUCCGAAGCUGACAACGCUACGUAAAGUCAAAGCACACGAAUUGAGGGGCAAGGUGCUCACGCAAGAAGCUACCUCUGAGCCUUCUACACCCGGCCAAGCACGCGCAUUUGCAGUAUACGGUCAAGAUGAUCAAUCCGAUGGAUCUCAGAGCGAUCUCGAGAUCUGAUGAUUCGGCCUCUGUGUUUAAUUCUUGUUGUACAACAAGCACUUGUUGAUGUAUACAUUUUCGUUUUGCUCAUUUGAUGAUGCUGCUGUUGCCCCGGACUGCCAAGUAAGACUGGUCUGUGCUUUGUGGCUGUGGCAGUUCCUGCCUCAGCGAGCGAUGGCUUGAUGAGGUUGAACAUGCUCACAAAGGUCUUGAGUACUUCGUAGCACUCUGCAUUGUGGUAGCGAAGAGUACUCCUCGGGUCGACGUACGGCGCGACG